UAGAAUCAAAGAUGGCGGCUGCAAGGUUGGAAUACGAAGCAGUCGAUGCUUCUUCGAAUGUGCAGCCCCUUGUUGUCAAUUUCACCAAUGGAAACUUAAAGCAAAGCAGUGGGAGUAAAAGGAUACGGUUCGGUUGUUAUCAGUGGGCAGAUAGAGGAGAUAAAAGAAAAAAACGGAGGAAAACUUUGAUUGCAGAAACAAAUGGUAUGGAAUACAUUGGUCACAACUUUGGGCAGUUUUCAAGAUCAAAUAGUCUUUGCAAGUAUGUUCUUGGUAUUUACAAUGAGAGAACAGAAGUAAUGAAGAUUUAUGAUACUGAGAUGGUCACACUUCAACCAAAAGUCUUGGACGCUACAAGUGCUGAAACAAACCAAGAAGAAGAUGAGGAGGAUGGUAAGAUUGAUCUUACCUUUCUCCAAAAGAGGGACCUCCUAACAGAAGCUUUCGGAGGUAAAAGAAAGAAAAGAGCCAUGGCUUCUAGAGAACGAAACAGAGUGGACAAAAAUGAGCUGAAUGAAAAAGUUUCUGAUGUUUUACAGUCAUUAGCUAAGGAACCAAUGGAUACAACAGAUGCAGGUGCAGAGCAGCAGCAAUCCUCCAUUCCUCCAUAUAAUUUGAAGGCUGAGACAGCGGCUGAUGUAUAUAAAUUAGAUGAUAUUAUUACUCCUUUGGAGUAUGAAGCACUACAAGGAAUUUCACAGGAAAUCAAGAAUGCAGACAAAGAGAAAAUUGACAAGUGGAGAAAAGAAAAGAGGUUCCCUGAAUAUGUACUACAGCAUAUCAGUGUGAUGUCUGUCAACUCUGCGAAGAGAUCUCAUCAAUCAUGUUGCCUUCUGUAUUUAUCAUACUUGUUGACACUGUACAGCCUCACCCAUCAGGAAAUCAAAAAGAAAGAUCCUUUACCUGGGGUACCAGCUGGAAUUAAGGAGAAACUGUUGUCCUCAUUUUCUUUAAAAAAGGGAAAAACCAGGGCUAUUCCAAAACGACUAAAGGACAAGUUAGUGUCGUACAUAUUAGUGCUGGCUUUGAUGAUAGAUGAAUUCUCAUUAGACUUUGCAGUUAUCAUGAAAGACCUCAAGAUGCCCAUUCCAAGAUUAACAAGUCAUCUGAAAGCAGUUGGCUGUAUGGUAUCAUCAUCGAAAGUGAAGUUAGGAAAGAAAGAAAUGGGUGACAGUAGCAGUAUUGUAACAAAAACCGCUGUUCUUAAGGUUCCUCUUCCUUCCUAUUUCACAUCACCAGGAAAACCCAAUAUUUACACCAGAAAGUGAAUCCCUUAUUUGUCAACCUUUUCCCAUGUUAACAGAGUAUGAGAAGUAGAAGUGAUGUGAAUAAAUUCGAAGAUCGGUAAGAGCUGUGGUUUCUCUGUUUUGUUUUUGGUUUUUGUUUUUCGUUGUUGUUGUUGUUGUUUUUUUUUUCAAAGAGGGUUCUCCUUGUAAGGAUUAUUUUAUUGGAAAACAGCAAAGAGAUUUUGUAGUAAAUCGUUUAUUAAAAAAACCACAACUUGCUGCUAUAAGCUGAAUUCCUUGGGUUAUAUGCAUCUAUUAAUUUUCUAUUUACAAUUGUUGUUUAAUUGCAAAGUGCAUUAUGAAAGUAUUUCUAAACCUCUUUGUUUUCACAUUCGGGAUUGAAAACAUACGCCUAGUCCUAAAAUUAUAUCUCUCACUGUCAUUGCGAGCGGGCAGCAGGUCAGCUAGUUUAUGCUGGUCACUCUCUACUAUUUGUUUAAACAGAUUGCUACAUAAUUCCUCACGCCUAUGGAAGAGUGUUUCUAAACCCGCAUCUUCCAGGGCCUUGCUAUACGAAACCUCUGGGAAUAGGAUCCCUCAAGACUCUUUUCUGAACUCUCUCUAUUUGGUCGGACAAAUAGGCUGGCAAACUAGUAUGGAAGGCCUGACAUGUAUAUUCCAGAACGGAACGUAUGCAC